AGAGUUAACAAGCUAAAAGCUAAUUUUAUAAAAGCAAUAAAUAUUUAAAGUAGUUAAAAGAAAUCGUAGUCAAAUCGAAUUGUUUGAUCAAAGAGGAGGUGUUUACCGGCUUAUAAUUCUGCUUUUUUUUUCUAUUUUAUGUAUGUUUAAUUAAUUACUUACGGUUUUAAUUAUAUACAAAGUUUUUCUUUAAAAAAGAGAAAAUGUCUUUACCCAGUGAAUUGAAGCAAUUGUUCAGUUAUAUUGAUGCCAACAAGAGUCAAUAUAUUGAUGCUUUAAAAACUGCAGUCGCAAUACCAUCAGUAUCGACCUGGCCAGAUAAACGCAAUGAAGUACAACGUAUGGUUGAAUGGUGCGCAGAUAAAUUAAGGGCUUUAGGUACCGAAAUCGAAUUCGCUGAUUUGGGUGAACAAAAAUUGCUCGAUGGCAAAACCAUACCAUUACCAAAAGUCAUCUUAGGUAAACUAGGAAAGGAUCCAAAAAAGAAAACUGUUUUGGUUUAUGGCCACUUGGAUGUACAGCCUGCCUUUAAAGAAGAUGGCUGGAAUACUGAGCCAUUCAUUUUAACUGAAAUUGAGGGAAAAUUAUACGGCCGCGGUGCUAGCGAUGAUAAAGGACCUGUCUUAUGCUGGAUACAUGCAGUGGAAGCCUUUCAAAAGUUAAAUAUAGAAAUACCUGUUAAUUUGAGAUUCGUGUUUGAGGGCAUGGAAGAGAGCGGCAGCGAAGGUUUGGAUGGUUUACUAAUGAAACGAAAAAAUGACUUUUUGUCUGACACUGAUUAUGUAUGCAUAUCGGACAACUAUUGGUUGGGCAAGAAACGUCCAUGUCUAACAUAUGGUUUACGCGGCUUAGUCUAUUAUUCUGUAGAAGUAGCAUGUGCCGUCAAAGAUUUACAUAGUGGGGUAUUCGGUGGUACUGUCCAUGAAGCCAUGCCAGACUUGUGUUGGCUAUUAAGCACUUUGGUCGAUAAGAAUACGAACAUCUUAAUACCGGGCAUUGAAAGAGAUAUCGCCCCUUUGUUACACAAUGAAAAUGACAUGUAUAAAAAAAUUGAUUACGAAGUUGAAGAUUACAAGAAGGAUUUAGGUGUCGAAAAGUUACCGCACAAUGAAGACAAAACCAAAUUGUUAAUGCACAAGUGGCGUUAUCCCAGUUUAUCUAUUCACGGCAUAGAAGGAGCCUUCUACGAGCCGGGUGCAAAAACAGUAAUACCUGCCAAAGUUAUCGGAAAGUUUUCUAUGCGCUUAGUGCCAAACCAGGACCCCGACCAUGUAACUGAAUGUGUUAUAAAAUACUUGAACAAAAAAUGGGCUGAGCGCGGUUCGCCCAAUAAAAUGACGGUGAAUUUAGUUAGUGCUGGAAAACCUUGGACUGAGAAUCCAAAUCAUCCGCAUUAUGAAGCCGCUAAAAAGGCUAUAAAGCACGUUUUUAAAGUGGAACCGGAUAUGACUCGGGAAGGUGGUUCUAUACCCGUCACAUUGACUUUACAAGAAGCUACCGGCAAAAAUGUUAUACUAAUACCUGUUGGAGCGUGUGAUGACGGCGCCCAUUCACAAAAUGAAAAAAUCGAUAUCUACAAUUAUAUAGAAGGCACAAAAUUAUUAGGGGCUUAUCUCCAUGAAGUGGGCCAACUAGAUUGAAAUUUUGCUUACGCAUCCUUCGUGACAUCACUUUAGUAGCUAAACCGAGUAUUUUCCGUAUUUUUAUACAUUGUUCAAAAAUUAUUUUUUUAAUAAAAAUCU